UAAAACUCAGAAUCUUCUCACUGUAACAGUGUUGAACUCCCAUCUCCUAUCAGCAUGUCCUACCACGGCUGCCUUGGAAACGUCUCAUCCCGCUCCCUGGAUGGUUACGGAAACUACCCUGCCCUCUCCUGCCGCUCUUCUACCCCCAGCAACUUGGUAUACAGCACUGAUUUCUGCUCUCCCAGCACCUACCAGCUGAACUCUUCUCUCUACGGAGGCUGUCAAGAAACCUGCUAUGAGCCCAAGAGCUGCCAGAAGUCUUGUACAGUAUCCGGUCCCUGGGAGACUUCCUGCUAUCGCCCUCAGACCUCCGUGCUCGGCAGUUGGUCUGGGACCACCUGCAAUAGAUCUCUAGGCUUUGGAUCCAGAAGCUGCUCCUCACUGGGCUAUGGACUCAGAAGCUGUGAUUCACUGGGCUGUGGAUUCAAUGGCUUCAGACCCUUGGGCUAUGGAGCUUGUAGCUUCCCUUAUACUGGCUAUGGAUUUAGAUUAUGCCACCCAACCUAUUUUCCUUUCAGGAGUUUCCAGUCAUCUUGUUACAAACCAAUCUAUAAAUCUGGCUUUUAUUGA